AUGUCAACAAAAGAUACCAAGCCACACAAGACCUGCCAUUACCUGGCUUACGGAGUGGAUCUGCACCGUGAGUCGGAGUCGUCUCGCCCUAAGCGCAGCGCAUGCAGUGGAGAGUGCUCGAGGACCCGUCACGACUUGGAACUCUCGCGGAGAACGUGCCGAUUCGAGGAGUCUUGGCUCUAGAAGGAUGAAGCGCUGACUGACGGGCCCCCUCUCAUUUUUCGGUUUACUCGUAAUUCCAAAGCCAAACUGCUGUCGGCUCGUCUUGGACCCAUCAAGCCUCUAUCUUCAACACCUGUGAUCGUCCCCUCCGCUUUUCUCGCCUUCGACGUCCAGGGCGUCCCCUUUUCGUCCCCGGCUUGCACGAAUGCCAUUGUACAGGGUGUGAAUGACAUCGGGUGGACCGCCAAGUCGUCCAAACCACAUACUGCUCGUUCGGACAUGACGAACGCGGAGAAGGAAGAGGAUGAAGAUUACCGAGAAUGGAUUUGGAGGCGGUGUUGCCCUGGGCUCGACUGCACCGGCUUGCUGCCCCCGAGAUUGGAAGGCGUCGCUUUCGAACUGACCGAGGCCGACUUUCGUUCGAUCGUCUUGGACUUUUCAUCGCCUACCUCUUCUUCAUCAUCCGGGAAUCUUCACAAGGAUACGGCUCGGUCCGAAGCCGCUUGGCCCGCGAUCCCGAUCGAAUGUCAACCUUUCACCCCUGGUGACUCGAUAAAGACAGCGGGAACCUUGACGGCCUACAUCCCGACCGCUCCCCUCUCCAUCGCAAGACAACCGAACCUCCAACCUUCGAACGAAUACGUGCGCUUGGUCAUCCUAGGUGCGUUUGGGUCACUCUUGUCGCAACCCUACCUCGGGCAUUUGGUGCUCCUACGACCAUACCUCCCUACGGCGACGAUCGGCAAACGGAUUGGCCGCUUCGUGGUCAACCUCAUCAUGAUCCCUCCCUUCUUGUGCAUCCACAUGCCGCUCUAUGCUAUGGGAUUUGGGAUGAGGACAAGCGCGGUGGCUAGAAUGACGGACCGACUCGUCGCGAGAUUGGUGAUCAAGGCUGAGUCGGCGCUCAGUUGGUGUACGGGGAGCGGGUGGUGGAAUGAAAGUGAAUUGCAGGGCGAAGCCAAGAUCGUCUUGGACGAAAGGGGAGAGGUGGUACCGCAGUCUUUGUAA